UACUUCACUGUCACAGUACAGGAAGUUAAACACUUUACGAUCCUGGUGGAGGGUCAUACAUUGUAAGGACAUUCUUACUUGGUUAUCUUGAAAAAAUCGUGGACUUCCAAGUAAUUUUAGGAUGUAUCUUUUGAUCAGUGAAAACAGAACUGUUUUGAAGCCAGACUGCCAGAUGGAUUUAUAUUAGAGGUCGGGAUGGUUAAGUUGAUGGAAUGGGCAGUAGACGCUCCCCAUACGUCAGGUCAACUCGUCAUGUCGGCCUAGGUGAGGGAGAGCCUCCUCACAGGGAGUCACUUACUGCAAGGGGCAGUUCACCUGGACAAGUGUACGGAGGGAUGGUUCAUUCCCUGAAUCCUGACGAUGUGUCCAGGGAGCGACUAAGUCGGCUUAGCCUUGACCUGACGAGGACGAGACUUGGCAUUUACUUGGGGGACCACAGGAGUCUAUCCGACUCCGAACUAAACUCGUCCAGCAUGACCAGUGAGUUCAUGGAACUACCUAAAAGUCUGUCAGACAGAUACACACCUCCAUUAUACCACAUGGACCAGAAUGACUUAUAUUUAGACCUGAAACAGACCAGUAAACCACAUUCCCCACCGAGUGUUCAGCAGCGGUUGUUCUCUGACCUUCCCCAGAUAGAGUUGAGCAACAUUGAGGUGAUAGUGGAUGAGGUAGAGCGGGAGAGGACGGAGGAUGGUUACCUUGAGGGGUACACAGAGUACACUGGUGACAGGUACCAAGAACCAGAAGGCUCUAGUGAGUGGCUUCAGAUGACCAGCCUGGAGCCCCACCCCCACAUGUUACUAAGCCCCCGGAGCAGCAAUGGUAGUAUCUCUAGUUAUAGAUCCAGCAAUGCUGACUCUGCCAUUGAGAUGUUAACCCCGGAUGAAGAGCUUCCAGACAGCAGCAGCCCUCUCAAUGACUCCGGUGCUACCUCCACUGACUUCAAACUCUGGGACUGUAAAGAGCAAUCAAAGUCUCAUGAUCUCAACACUCCAUCCAUUUGUUCAUCUACAUUAGCUCAAAGUGAAAAACACUCUUUCAUACCGGUCAAUGCAAUGUUAAGUCCAUCUGCACAAAUAACAGCUCACUCAUGUUCAACUUCUACGCCUGAAAUCAAAUCUAGUCUUCAUUCAAAACCAAACUAUGCUUUUAUAUCAAGUGUGUCAGUCUCCAACAAGACUUCAAGUAGAGGGAGACAACCACUGGAGAAUAAAGGUGAAUUUGUGAACUACUCAAACCGUCCCACUGAUAUUGGGAUUAAUGAAUCAAAACCUGAUAGUGUAGCCUGCUGUCAUGUUCACCAAAAGUUACCCCAUCAGAGUAACUCGUGUGAGGGGGAGGGGCCGGACCCUGCACAAACACAGUGGGGACACGGCAUGCGGAGUAUCCAGAGUGAGCCCACCAUAAUACCGCCUGCUGUUGUGGUCAGUGACUUCAGCAGCCGUCCGGCCCUUAACAAGUGCUCCCAGACUUCUGAGGAAGACUUCACAGCUGGUUACCAUGGCAACCUACUGAUGAGCCCCGUUGGUUACCAGCGUAGCCUGUCAAACAGCUCGAUCAGCUCCGAGUCGAGCCUCUCUAUCAUGUCAGACUCCUCCCAGGACCUUGAUGAUUCAGACUUUCCUAUCAGGCUCAGGAGAAAGCAAAGUUCAUGGAAGAAGAUACGCAACAUUGUAAGAUGGACGCCGUUUAUCCAGGAGUUCAAGCGCAGAAAAUAUCCGUGGAUACAGCUGGCCGGACAUCAAGGCAACUUCCAGGCAGGUGAGCCCGGGGCUAUUCUGAAGAAAUACGACAAACAUGAACACCAGUCAUUCAACAAGCUGAUGGUAGACGUGCUGCGCUCUUACGUGCCGGAGUAUCGGGGUGAGGUAGUGAAGGACGGGGAAUGCUACCUACAAUUACAGGACCUGCUGUGUGAGUUUGAGGCUGCUUGUGUGAUGGAUGUGAAGAUGGGCUGUCGUACCUAUCUGGAGGAUGAGCUCACUAAGGCCCGCCAGAAACCCACACUCAGAAAGGACAUGUAUCAGAAAAUGGUGGAGGUAGAUCCAGGUGCGCCCACACCAGAGGAGCACGCCCAGAAGGCCAUAACGAAGCCUCGCUACAUGCAGUGGCGGGAUGAUAUGAGCUCCUCAACAGGGAUGGGCUUCCGUAUAGAGGGCAUUCGGAAGAGUGACGGAGCUCAGGUGAAGAAUUUCAAGACAACGAAGGACCGGGCAAGUGUGAAGACAAGCCUGCGACAGUUUGUGGAGGAACACCCAGCUGUUGUGACCAAAUAUGUCCGGAGAUUGAAAGCUAUCAAAGUAACACAAGAGUCAUCUCCCUUCUUCAGCUCUCACGAGGUUAUUGGUAGUUCUCUGCUGUUUGUCCAUGACCGAUCUGGCUCGGCCAGUAUCUGGAUGAUCGACUUUGGGAAGACAGUUCCGUUACCCAGCUCCGUGCAAGUGACUCACCGUAAACCCUGGCAGGAGGGGAACCAUGAAGACGGCUACCUCACCGGCAUUGAUAACCUCAUCAGUAUCUUCCAGGAGCUUUUAAAAGACUUGAACCUGCCCAUGGCCAGCAGUGAUGAAGAGGGGCUGGACAGUGAAGCCAGCUCGGUCAGGUCAAACUCUUAUUCCCAGUUUAGUGAUAGCGUUAAUAGAGAUAGUUCAAGGACAUUGAUUCAAAGUUCAGACACUGUGACGGGUUCAAACUCUUCUCAACCAGAAAGUUAACUGACAAUUCGAAUGAAUCAAGGGUGUGAGUGUAAAUGACGGUCAGUAAAACCCGGAAACCAGAAAGCAUCAACUGCAUUUACAAUUGCCAUACACCAUAGCCAAAUAUGGUGCUUAUUUUCAAGGUCGGAUAUUGACUAUCAAAUAAAUGAAAUUAAAUUAAAAACUCAACGCAAAUUUAGUGUUCAAACAGCGACAACAGAGAGACCUAACCAAAGAUUCAAGUUGCUUUAUGUGCAAUAUUGAUAGUUCACUAUAAUUUCAGUUAUUUGAGGUCAAUUUCAAGGAACUCUUGUGAAUAUCAGUAUAAAUGUUGUUUUUUUAUACAGUAUUAGUUUGUCAUGUUUAUUUGUAUGUUUAUUUUUUUGUAAAAAAAAUGUGAAAAUCUCAUUAAUGAAAACUGUCUGUCAUCAUGAUCUGAUAUUUACAAAAUAUGUAAUCCUUACACAUGUUAUAUUCUUUAUUCUUGAGGUGAUUUAAUUAUCUAACAUUAAGACACCUAGUUACCACAGAUAUUUAAUACCAGUACACAUGUGCUUGAUCAUCAAUGCUAUUCCUAAAUAUUAUUCAAUGUAAGACAUUCAUAAAUCAAAUGAAUAUUAUUAUAUUAUUGAUACUUUGUACUACUUUGUACUAGGUAUUUUUAAAUGAGAAAUCAUAGGUAUCAGUUCUUCUAUUCAUAAAAUUCCAUGGACAGGUAUUUACUUCUUUAAACUUUUCCUUGAACAGGGUUUUCAGUUUCAAGCUCUUUACUUGAUAAUUUCUACGAUUAUUGACUUCCUUAUAAAUGAGAAAAGGAAGCCAAUAGAUUUAAGUAAGUGGUAAAAAUGGUCCCCUGUGUCUGACGUCCAUCUUGUGUCUUAUUUCUGAUGUUUUUUUAUCUAAAAGUUCGCUAACUGCGCAUUAUUAACAAAAUGUUAUUUUCUGAAGUUUGUUAAUGAUUGUCCGUUUAUUUGAUUUCCAUUAAUUAUGUAACUGUUCUAUGUUUAAUUGAUUGAAGAUGUAUUUGUAAAUUAUGAAUUAACAGCUUAAUAAAUUAUAUAAAUGA